AUGUCAUCCACUCUUAUUUUCGUUGGUCUUCCUGAAGAUUCGAAGAGCUCUAUUACGAAUGGAUCACCGGUUUUCGAUGCAUAUUGUGCGACCGAGGUCCGGUAUCUUAUUGCGCUUGAUUCGCGACUCCAGAUCUUCUUUACUAUUAACAAUGACAAAUUCAAACAACUAGACUUUAAUUCGCCAUUAGCUGUCUCGAUUACAAGGAUGAGUGGUCGUGGUACAAACACUGCGUCAUUGGAUGCUCCUGUCUGGUGGCUGGUGAAGCGGGGGCGGCCCGCAGUCACGCACGAGUCGACUCGUAACAAUGACGGCACACCCUCACGGAAGCUGCCGCCAUUACAUGCUCUGCUACUCGUCCUGUCCGUCUGCGCUUGCGUUGCGGUCAUCCGCAAUCUUAGCUCCAACUAUUGCAUUCUUUACAAAUCGAUUGCUUUGAGCAUUUUGUGCCAGGUGUUGAUUUGGACCCUAACGUCAGUUUCCGGUUGCUCCAGAAGUAUCGCCGAUACAAGUUUACUUGACAUCAACUCCUUCGUCAUCACGAGCCUGGAUUACAACGAGUUGGGAUCGGCAAACGAGCUUACGGAUAACCUGAUGGCUGAGGCCCCAGUGCGCCAAAUAAGCAAAGGGGUGGGAUUCAAAAGUUCCAAGCAAGUUUCCUACCUCGCUUUGGAAGGCCUGACCAAAAAAUCCCCACGUUCCAUCUAA